GACAACGCUGAGCUGACGCCCCAGCCGCCAGGGAGCCUUCACUGUGGAUUUUGUAGGCUCCAGGAGCCAACGCAUCAAAGAUUUUGAGCGGGCCUCUUCGGCGAGAGGUGUACUGUGAUCAUGAACACGUAACAAAACAGGAGUGGACUCUCGCGAGUAGCGCUCAGUGCUUGUCCAAUUUUCAAACAAGUUUGAAUGCUUUCAAGAAAGGGACUGGCGCCGUGAUGAAGGCUGAGUUGUUUUGUGGUUAUGAUUUUUUCUGUUUUAAGCAAGGCAGGACAUAACACUGGAAUUGUCCGUCUGGCCGCUAGGGGCGCUGCUGUCUGCUGCAAGACAAUAGGGACUCCCCGGCUGCGCUGAGAUCAGACGAGCCGUCUGACAGGGCGCGUGCGGAGCCGACCAGCAGGGAGUCGGAGUCAGCACCCACCGAGCGAGUCAGAGUCGGAACCAGAGCUCGAGUCAGAGCCAGCGAGGGCUGAAUUCGGAUCAGAAAAGGCCGCGAUCACAUCGGCGAAAUGCACUACAACAUAUUCCAGGAUGCGGAGGGCAAAAGGAAGCACAAAGGAGGCUGCGACUGCGGCCAGGUGCGGUACGAGGUCAUCGCGCCAACCCAGGUCACUGCCAUCGAGUGCAGCUGCGAGUCGUGCUCCAAGCGCCAGUCUCGCUACUUCCCCGUGCCGGCAGACCAGUUUCGGCUGGUGCAGGGUCACGGUCACCUGAGCACCUUCGGCGCCGGCAGCGCCCGACACAGCUUCUGCAGCACGUGCGGCGUACAGAGCUUCUUCAUACCGGCCGGCGGAGACAACGACGUGGUCGGUGUCAUGCCUCACUGCCUCGACCCGGGAACAAUGAAAAAGGUGAAGACGGAGCGGCGAGACGCCAGCAAGUCGCCGCCACCGUCCCGCGCCAGGUGAAGGUCGCCGGCGAGCGGCCGAAAACACCGCCGCGCCGGGCUGCCUCCCGACCUGUGCCUCAUCGAAUAUCGUGAUCGUGAAUUGAACCAUGUUUAUUUAAUAUAUUGGUAUAUGGUGUGAUAAA